CGUCGGUGGGGCUCAGAGGCUCCCAGUGAGGUGACCGUCGUGGACACUCACACACUCACACUCAGGUGGCCCUCUGGAGGCCCUCACCACGCCCACAUCUCCCCCACCACCACACACCUACCAACACUACCCACAAUUACCAAUCUUACCGAGUCCCCACUACCUCAUCCCCCCACACACCCUCCAAACAUCUCCUCCCCGCCUCCCAAGAUCUCCUUUCCUCGCUAGAGAGGAAAAGGGGGCGAGAAAGAGGCAAAGGGAGGCACCUGUUGACGGGAAAGGGGUGACCACUCCCUCUCUCUCCCCCUCGCUCACACACCUGUUGCUGCCAGCCUCCCCGCCGCCGCCCGCGUUCAAGGAUGCGUCUCCUGCCACUGUGGAUGCUAGCUGCUGUGGGAUGGGUGGCUGCCGCGGCUGCUCCAGGGCCUCGCCCCCAGGACUCACACCCCGGGGAGGACCUGGGACCCGCCCUCAUGGACCUGGCGAGGCGCAAGAGAGGCAGUGUCAAGUCCAGUCUUCCCUACUCUAAUUACAGGCCGGUUACAGGCAUCCACAGACCUUACUCGGCGUGGAAGCCUCUCUCUCGUGUACGCAGGUACCGGUAUCCCCUCUACCGGAAGAGGUCAUACAGGCCCCAGUACGACUACGAGGAUGAGAUUAUGCUUCCCGAAGUGCCAGAAGUGUUGGACUAUGACGACUAUUCCCCAAGACCUUCGCUCUUCAGGGAGAGGAACCUCCAGCAGCAGCAGGAACGAAAGAAGAAGGAACUGCUCCUGGAAGACGAUGGGUACUUCACUGACGAGUAUACAAACGACAAUGGGCAACUAAAUCCCAAUCGCGUACCUUUAAGAAAGAAGGAUUACCUGUAUCACCUGUACAACAUGCCUUACUCCGACCUGGAGCGCCUCAACUAUAUGUACGAGAUCGGAAAGCGUGAUCCCGAUGACCUGGGUGACUCUUAUGACUACGAACUCCUUGAUCCUGUACAAGGCGGGCGCAAAACUCUCAUGCCAUCACCCACUGAGCAGUUCUACGAUGCUAUCGACUCCAUCAGGAACAAGAAAUCUAUGUACGGUGGCAGCUCCACUUCACUGGACGUGGAUGAUACCCCUGAUCAUCUCCAGAAGCUGAAGAACUUCCUGACAUCAGCUGCCGAGCGCUACUGGAGGGUUCGAGGCGCGCAAGAGACUGCCGCUCAAGACCCCAUGAUUAGGAAGAAAAGAGACACAAAAGCCGUCGCCACUUCACCCGCUGCAACAGCAAACACCAGCAACACCUCCUCGCCUAGAGCCGAGCCUCCCACCACAGUAUCCACCCGCUACGAGGCGCAGCUGGCCACCGACCGCAAGAAGCGCGCCUUCAGCGACUACUUCAAGUAUGAAAAGAGGGCUCAAGACUUUGACGACUUCCUGACUCGAGAGUACUUCAAGAGCAUCGCACGCUCCGUAGGCCAGAAGAAGAAGAGGAUGGCAUACGCCCAGUUCGAGGCUGACAAGCGAUCGUCAGGCAUGGAGUUCCUGGAGAACCCGUCCAUAGGAGUUGCCCCUGAUAAGAGAAUAGUUGCCCCUGUUAAGAGGAUAGUUGCCCCUGAUAAGAGAAUAGUUGCCCCUGUUAAGAGGAUAGUUGCCCCUGAUAAGAGGAUAGUUGCCCUGAUAAGAGGAUAG